CAUGGAAGUUUAUGUUUCAGAUGUGCCUAACGUAGUGGGUAACGUAUCACAACAUAUCGUUCAGGAAAUAAUAAUGAAAACUUCGUUGCACCACAAAAAAUUCUUGACCUUAUAACGAAAGAAAACAAAUAUGUCAAAAAAUAAAGGUCGAAAAGAUCAACAAUGGUUUGAUGAAAAAUAUUCGGAAGGAAAAGCUAUAGUUAUUACUGGUGGUAGGCGCUUAAACUUUACUGGUUCUUUAAAAAUAGAAAGAUUUAACAAUUUAGAAAGUAUUAAUUUGAAGAAACUCAAGAUAGCCUAUUUGGAAAUAAGUAAAUGUUCUCAACUUAAUAUUACCAACUUGUCUGAACUUACCAAACUUACGAGUUUAUCGGUGUCCGGUUGUCCAAAACUAAUCACGCUUAAUUGUUUAUCAAAUGGGUUAACUAGUUUGGAAUUAAGUGGUUGUUAUCGACUUAACAAUAUUGACUUAUCUAAAUUUACUAAACUUCAGAGUUUAUAUUUGAGAGGUUAUCAAAACCUAACCACACUUGAUUGUUCAUCGACUGAGAAAUUAAUUAGUUUGAAAAUAAGUGAUUGUGUUCAACUUAUUAAGAUUACCAACUUGCCCAAGUCUUCUAAACUUCAGAGUUUAUUCGUGAUUGAUUGUCCAAAACUUACUACGCUUGAUUAUUCAACAAAUGCGUUAACUAGUUUGGAAAUAAGCGGAUGUACUAAACUUAAAGAUAUUAUCAGCUUGUCCAAGGCUCCUAAACUUACGAGUUUAUCUAUAAUUGAUUGUCCAAAUAUAACCAAGCUUGAUUGUUCAUCAAAUGAGAGGUUAACUGAGUUAGAAGUUAGCGAUCUUACUAAACUCAAUUGUUCGAAUACUUCAAUUAAGAUAUUAAGUGUUAAUCUUUGUCCGAAUCUCGAAACACUUGAUUGUUCCAAUAAUAAUAAGCUUGUUAAUUUAGAUAUAAGCAACUGUUCCAAAUUGGAAUUUCUUGAUUGUUCUAAUAGUAAAUUACCUAGUCUUGACAUAAACAACUGCAAAUUUCUGUUGAAGGAAUAUGAACAAGAUAGUAUUAAGUCUAAAAUGUUUAAAUAUCCUCCUGACUUGAAAAUUAUUGAGAAGAGAAUUACGAAGAAUUUAAUAAUAGUUGGCCGUACCGGUGGUGGCAAAUCCACAUUAUCCAAUGUAAUAACUGAAUCUGAUGUUUUUGAGGAAAGUGGGAGCUCAAUUAGCGUUACUAAAAAUUUUCAGAAAAAGAAUUUUGAAUGGAAUGGGAAGAGUUUUAAUGUGGUUGAUACCAUUGGAGUUGGGGAUACUAAAUUAUCUACAAAGAAGGUUUUGUAUAAAGUAUUAGAUGGAAUUUUUUCCAUACCAGAGGGAAUAAGCCAAAUUUUAUUUGUGAUUGAUGGAAGAUUCACAGCGGAAGAAGCAAAAAUAUUUAAUAUGCUUAAAGGUUCCAUUUUCGACAUUUUUGAAAUUGGUAUUCUUGAUUAUGUUACUAUUGUGAGAACUAAAUUCAGUAACUUUAAGAAUAAAGAUAAGUGUGAGGCAGAUAAGAAACAAUUGCAUAAUGAGAAUGAAAACAUUGCUAACAUAGUUAGAUCAUGUAGAGAUGUUAUUUAUGUAGACAAUCCUCCGACUAAUAUUCAAAUUAUCGAUGAAGAAGAUGAAGAAACAGUUAUAACCAAUAAAAAAAUAAGAGACAGGUCAAGAAAAAUAAUUUUAGACUAUUUAGACAAAGCAUGUCAGGUGGAUUACUUCAGAUUAAAAACGUGGGAUCAGAUACGUAAACCGAUUGCCGAAUAUUUAGAAAGUAAUUGUGAAGAUGUACCACCAGAGUUAGAAAAGAAUAAAGAAGUUGAGACACUUAUUAAAAUAACCGAAUCAUUUUGUACAAUUACUUAAAAUUGAUGAUUGGUAAAUCAAUAUUUGAACUGAAGAUACCAAUUUAUAUGAUUAGUGAAUAUUUUUUUAAGGAAAAAUUAAGAAAAAUAGAAAUAAAAUAUAAAAUUUAUAUAUUUAAGAAUGCGAUCGUGAAUGUACACGCUUUGCAAUGUAAUUUCGACCGCAAAUUGAAUA